UUGUAUUGUUGUAAAUAAAAUAUUAAUGGUAAAUUUAACAAAAUAGUAGGUACACGGCAUAAAAUAUUUUCAUAACAUAAGGAUUAUGCUAAUUAUAACUUUAUUAGACAAGCCGAGAUGGGUAGUCUAAAGGACAACCCGCACAAACCGGGUUGCAGUAUUGGUCAGUCUUUGGAAAUUUUCUUGUUUUCGAAUGGACAACGAGACUCCCCUCCUAGAAAAUAUAAUGUGCCUGUCGAUGUCGAUGACCGGAGCGAUACUACGUUGAGCUUCUUGGCGCGCUCACAGAACGGAUCAGAACACAAUAUAGAACUCUACACUACAGAUGGUAAAAAAAUAGGAAGAGCUCAAGAAUUAAGAAACGGAGCGGCCUACGUGGCAGUAGAGCCUCCGCAGGCGUUCAUCUCAUCCGGUUAUAACGACUACCUUCUGAAAGCAUCAAGUGAUGUACCGAUUAUGGACUUGGCCGACUAG